AUGGCCUCAUGCUGUGGCCUCAUGCUGUGGACGAGACUCCCUGGACGGACAUCCAACAUAAUCCUUGCAAAACUGGAAGGCAACAACCCAGCAGGAUCUGUCAAAGACAGGCCUGCACUCUCCAUGAUACAGGAAGCAGAGCGGAAGGGGGUCAUCAAACCUGGGGACACACUAAUAGAAGCCACAAGCGGGAACACUGGCAUCGCUCUUGCAAUGGCAGCAGCGAUAAAAGGCUACAAGUUGAUCUUGAUCAUGCCAGCCAACAUGAGUGAAGAGCGCCGAGCAGCCAUGGCGGCUUAUGGGGCGGAACUGCUGUCAGUUCCACCAGGAGAAAUGGAAACUGCACGUGAUCUGGCAAAGGAGAUGGAAGCUGAGGGGAAGGGCAUCGUACUGGAUCAGUUUGGAAAUCUUGACAACCCUCUUGCACAUUUCACAUCGACAGGUCCAGAACUGUGGGAGCAGACCAAUGGGCAAAUCACGCAUUUGGUCAGCUCAAUGGGGACAACAGGAACCAUUAUGGGCACUUCAAGGUAUCUAAAGAGCAAAAAUCCGAAGAUCCAGCUAUGUGGAUUGCAGCCAAGCCAAGGUGCAAAAAUUCCUGGCAUUCGGAGGUGGCCAGAAGAGUAUCUUCCCAAAAUAUUUGACAGAAGUCGGGUGGAUCAGGUUAUUGACAUAUCGCAAAGAGAAGCAGAGGAAACAACACGUGCCCUCGCACGAAUGGAAGGGAUUUUCUGUGGGGUGUCGUCUGGCGGGGCUGUGUCAGCUGCUCUUCGUUUAUCGAGCGAAGUGGAGAAUGCUGUCAUCGCUGUGAUCAUCUGUGACAGAGGGGACAGAUACCUCUCAACAGGGAUAUUUUCACCCCAAGCAAUAGAAAAUGAUCCCAAGCCCUGCCCUGCGAAUGAGUUUCCAUCAGCAGUUGCCCGGCUGCCGGCAUACCCAGCUCCAAGAUAUGUCAUAUUCGUUGCUGAUCCUGACCCAGAAACUGGUGAGUCGUGGUGCGGAGACACAAACCGUGCGCUACCAAUUGCUAGGGAGCUGGUUCGUGAAGCAGGGGGCACGCUGUUGGAGGUCGCGGUGGGAUCUCGUCCAGUGUGGAAGGACGAGCACCACCCGUUCAGGCAUGAUCCUGAGCUGCAUCUGACAUGCGUCCCAACGAUGAUCCAUUGGCAGGAUGGGGCCCCUGGAGAACGCGUUGGUCCCGAAUUGGAGGCUGCCAAGACUUCCAGUCUGGUGGAGACCACUCUGCGGUCUUUCAUUUCAAGAACUGCCGGAAAAUGA